UCAGACGAUGGGAACUCAUUCAUUGUGCUAGAUGAAGACGAAUUUGCGAGGACUCUGAUACCUGAACUGUUCAAGCAUAACAACUAUGCCUCAUUCGUGCGGCAGUUGAAUAUGUACGGGUUCCACAAGAAGGUCGGACUAUCGGACAAUUCCAUGAAGGCCAGCGAAACGAAAGCCAAGGCACCCAGUGAAUACUUCAACAAAUACUUCAAGCGGGGACGACCGGAACUACUCUGGCUCAUUCAAAAACCAAAGAAUCAGCCCGCAAACCCGAAGCGGAAACGAGACGAAGAUAGCGCCAAGCAGGGCGAUAGUGAUGACGAUGGCAGGAGAUUUGGGACAGAAUCGAUUGGCGUGACGAAACCUUACGCAGUGGAUGACGGCGGAGGUGGUACCAAUCCAGAGAUGGCUAUGAUACCCCGGACCGAGUACAACAGCCUCAAGCGGGAGGUUAUGCAGCUCCAGCAGCAACAGAAGGUUAUUUCAAACGUGCUGAAUAGGAUACGCCAGCAGAAUGACCAACUGUACCAGCAAGCUACCGCAUUUCAGACCCUCCAUGACCGACACGAAAAUAGCAUCAACGCCAUUUUGACCUUUCUUGCAACCUUCUACAGCCGUAGUGUGGAAGGAAACAACGCUCCGAACAUUGCGGAGAUGUUUGCAAACGCGAUUCCCCAGAACAACCAGACCCAUGGCAACGUCGUCGAUGUUGGCGAUUACCCGGAACCCAUGACGAACAGAUCACCUCAAUUGCAUCGGAUGGGAAAGCGACCGCUGGCUUUGCUUCCUGCUCCGACGCUUCAAGAGUCGGAAUCGCCAGCAAGCCGGGCUGCCACCGUCAGCACUUCGGCAAGAUCAACCGCGAGUCCAGCUGCUGCCAGACCGCAAGGAAGACAGUCGGUGUUCAAACCUCCUCUUUUGUCUACUGGGAACGCCCAAAAGGUACCGGGAAACACAGGAGACAUGGGUGCUGCGUCCGGCCCAAUACCUAUGAAGACUGAUACUGCAUCACCUACGGUCAACCAGAUUCCGGAGAACAGUGAGAUUAUGUCAGCAAUUCGCAACGCCAAUGCGAACAGCACGCAAAACAACGCUAAGGGGCAGUAUGACUUUGGCGCAGCUCUCAACCACUUCCAGAAUGCGAAUGGAGCGCUGCCUAUGACCAAUCAAGAACGAAACAACAUGCUGUCGCUCAUGGCUUCCAACGCAAGUGCAGCUUCUCCGAAUAGCGGCAUCGCUGAUGGGAACAACGCAAUGGUCAGUCCAGAGGCACCCACGAUGCCAUCAUUGGAGCAGAUGACGGCGACGCAAGAUCAACUAGACUUCCUCCAGAAGAUGUCAGAACAACAAAAUUCCAGGCUCCAGAACGUCCAGGAGCGUCUACAGCCUCUCAGUCCAUCGGGUAGCAUCCCUGGGCUCCAUCAAGAUGAUUUCGGAUCGUACUUUAACCCAGGCCUUAAUAACCUUGGGAACCCAAGCGAUCUGAAUCUAGACGAAUCGUACAUGGACUCUUUCAUUCACUCGGAAGACUUCAUUCCCAACCAGCAUAACAGCAGCAACGGUCUACCCGACUUCAAGUUUGAUCUGCCCGACCCGGACAGCAUGGCCAACGAUGAUUUCUUCCAGACCGCGGAUAUGGGCAACGAGUUUGACAGCGGAGCUGUACAGCACAGCGGCGCUGCAGUCAACAACAGUGGCAGGAUCGAGAGCGUGAGCAGCACGGCGACUAGCCCGGCGAACACGGUCGAGGAGAAUGGAGGAGAUGAUGCUGCGAGGAGCCCGAAGCGGAGGCGGCGGGUAAAUUAGCAAGGCGAAUGGUAACAGGGUAUAUGGAGGCUGCGUUGAGCGUUCACGCAGGGUGGGAGUCCCAUGAUGGACAUCGUCAUCUUUACACGACCGAAACGAACUUUUAUGACAAAACUGGGCGGACACACGGGCAUGGUUGGAUGCCGCGUUUGAAGGCUCGCUCCUAGCCAUGGCGUUGUAGCUGCUGUAUCUAGUAGAUACCCUUUAGUCGCAAAAUAAUAGGUAUUUGAUCC